AUGGCCACAGCCGGCGGAGGAGGUGCCGGGAAGCUGAAGCUGCUGGGCGCGUGGCCGAGCCCCUUCGUGAACCGCGUGCGCGUGGCGCUGCACCUCAAGGGCCUGGAGUACGAGAACGUGGAGGAGGACCUCACCAACAAGAGCGACCUGCUCCUCGCCUCCAACCCCGUCCACAAGAAGGUACCCGUGCUCCUCCAAGGCGACAGGCCCGUCUCCGAGUCACUCGUCAUCGUGGAGUACCUCGACGACGCCUUCCCCGGCGCCGGCCAAGCCCUCCUCCCCGCCGACCCCUAUGAACGCGCCGUCGCUCGCUUCUGGGCCGCGUACGUCGACGGCAAGUUGCACGGCAUGAUGGUGAAGGCGAUCCUGGGGGCAACGGAGGAGGAGAGGGCGGCGGCGACAGCGGACGCGUUGGCCGCAAUGGACACGCUGGAGGGUGCGUUCGCCGAGUGCUCCGGCGGGAAAGAGUUCUUCGCCGGCGACGCGCCCGGGUACCUGGACGUCGCGCUGGGGGGCUUCAUCGGCUGGCUGCGCGCCUGGGACAAGGUGGGCGGCGUCAAGCUCCUGGACGCCGGCCGGAUCCCACGCCUCGCCGCGUGGGCGGAGCGCUUCGCCGCGCUCGACGUAGCCAAGGAGGUCAUCCCGGACCCCGACCACAUCGCCGAGUUCGGCAAGGUGCUGCAGGCACGCUCCGCGGCAGCCGCCGCUGGCAACUGA